AUGUCUUCCUUAGUGACCUCUGCCCUUGACCGAAUACGCAGUUAUGCUGGUGGAGUCGUGUGGGAACCUCUUGUGAAGACAUCUCGACAACUCAUCUUGUCCUUGAUAUCACAGAUUAAGGUCGGGCGCCUUACCGUGGUGGAGAGAGAUGGAACACAAACAACCUGUGGGAAAGUGACGGGAGAUCUCAUCCAUCCGCAGGCGCAGCUGCGUGUAGUCCGCGAUCCGUUUUGGUUGCGUCUGGCAUUAUUCGCAGACAUGGGUUUCGCCGAGUCAUUCAUGCUUGGUGAGGUUGAAUGUCCCGACUUAACGGCAUUUUUCCAAGUCUUCAUUUUGAAUCGCAGCGAGCUGUUGAAUGCGACGACGCUCAUCUCCCACCUAUCCUCCUCCACUAGCGCCCUCAUGCGCCGGACGAACACCUUGACCAACGCCCAAUUGAACAUUAGCGCCCAUUAUGAUAUCAGCAAUGAGAUGUUUGCUGCCUUCCUUUCCAAAGAUAUGACAUAUUCGUGUCCCGUCUGGAAGCCGCUAUCCUACCUAGAAGAUGGCCAAAAGGACGAAUCGUUGGAGGAUGCACAGAUGCGAAAACUGGACAGAUUCAUUGAAAACGCAAAGAUCAAGAAACAAGACCAUGUCCUGGAAAUUGGCACAGGCUGGGGGAGUUUUGCCAUGAGAGCGGUCCAAAGGACAGGAUGCCGGAUAACUUCCCUGACCCUCAGUCGGGAGCAAAAAGACCUCGCAGAUCGACGAAUAGCGGAUGCAGGGCUGACCGAAAACAUUGAGGUCCUUCUCUGCGACUAUCGAGCUCUCCCGGUGCCUAAAGAAGGGCCAUAUGACAAGAUUGUCAGUAUUGAAAUGAUUGAAGCUGUGGGACGAGAAUUUCUGGUAACAUAUUUUGAAUGCAUCCAUAAGCUCCUCAAAACGAAUGGCGGCAUAGCCGUCUUCCAAUGCAUUACCAUGCCCGAGUCGAGGUAUGAUGCAUACGCGAAGGGCGAGGAUUUUAUCCGCAAAUACAUUUUCCCGGGGGGUCACCUACCGACAGUAUCACAAUUGGUCGAGUCAAUCAACAGAGGGAGUAAGGGCCAGCUGAUUGUUGAUGCUGUUGAGAAUAUCGGUCCUCACUAUGCCAAGGCAUUGAGAAUAUGGCGAGAAAACUUUGAAAAGAAUUUUGAUGCGUGGAUUCGGCCGGCGUUGUUAGCGGAACAUGAUGGUAUGACCGAAAGCGAUGUUUCUCUGUUUCGGAGGAAAUGGGAGUAUUAUUUCACUUAUUGCGAAGCAGGUUUCAAUACCAAGACAUUGGGUGAUGUGAUAAUCACUGCAGGAAGAGAGGGUGCGAUGGAAAUGAUGGAGGACAUACCCCUUUAG